AAUUUCAAUUAAAAAAAUCAGAAACACCACUGCUUAGCAGCAGCUCCAACAAGAUGCACAAACUCAAAUCCCUAAUGGACGCCGUUUCACCGAUCAACACACAGUUCGAUAAUAACGAAAACUCCGCUCUAGUCAAAUACUUCUGCACCAGCGGAUUACCGAUCAUCUCAAUUAACAAUGUAGCAGCGUUUACAUCUCCGGAAAUGACUGCCAAAUCCUCUUCUGGAAGUAACCGCUUCGAACGACGGUCUCCACUGUCGUCGCUGCCUUCCGAUCAAAAUGUGAUGAUGAAGUCGCCGACGCCGUCGCGUAAGGCUAUGGAUCGUACGCCGACGACGAAAGUAGUGGAUGAUGUGCCUGAUAAUUCGUCCGCGUCUUCUGAAGGACGUAAUCAGUUUUCUUCUGGUGACGCUGAUCCUACGUCGUUUAAGAGUGAGCUGUGUAGUUCCUUGGAGAAUUCUGGACAUUGUUGUGACGGUUUCAAAUCUCAGCCACCGGAAUUUCAGGAAACAGAGUCGGAUAGACAAGAAGAAAUUCGACCUGCUUGUUCCAACCAUUCUGAAUCACCUCCGGCAAGAUCAGAUGCGCAAGGAGUGGCUCCCAAGCCUUCUACACUGCCAUUGGCUUCGAGAGAUGAAGGAACCCUAAUGAGCAGCACUCUGAAGGUAUCUGAAAACACUGCUUUGGACAUUAUCAGCCAAGAUGUUAAAACUGGCCAGAAACAGAGAUUUGUCACCAACUCACAAUCAUCCAAGAAAAGAUUAACAUCUACUCUCAAUGAUCAUAAUGCUCACAGUCAGAAAGUUCCUCGUGGUUCUUUCAAAUCAUCACCUUCGUCAAGAUCAUAUGCGCAAACGGUCGCUCCCGGGUCUUCUACACCGCCAUUGGCUCCGAGAGAUGAAGGAACCCAAAUUAGCAGCACUCUGAACGUAUCUGAUUACCCUGUUUUGGACACUAUCAGAAGAGAACGAAAUGUUAUAACUGGUAAUUACAGACAGAGAUUUGACCCUAACAAAAGGUUAACCUCUACUCUCAAUGAUCCAACCGUUGCCACCCAAACAAACCUCUCCGACGGAACCAAAAUUCCCGAAACAGAAGUCUCCGAGAAAAGCUCCAUUAUUGAUACUAUCCCUUAUAAGCCCUGGUCUCCCUCUGAGUGUUCACCAGGUGAUGAAUCCAAACUGUUUUACGAGGAAACUGAUGCUCUUGCUCAGAAAACUCUUUACGGUCCAAGGACAAGGAGAAGGCCGCCUAUGGUCCAGGAGGAGUAACUAAAUUUUCAACUUUUGGUGAGUAAUCACUGUACUACUCUAUUAUAUAUAUAAUUGCUCUAAUCAUUUUUUUCCUCUUCUUUUAAUCAGAUUGAGUGAUGGUUACUAGGUUGGGCAUAUAGAAAUAUAGAAAAUGAUUUGAAAUUACAGUUGGAUAGUGCUGUAUAGAACAUGAAAACUAUAGAUUGCCUACAUCAAGUAGUAUGGG